UCCACUGAGUGAAUUAUCACUUUGUAACACACGUCUCUUUUGUAAUUCCUCUGCCUGAUUGGCAUUUUAGAACCUCGAAAUCUUUCCCCAAACGUCUUCUUUUAAAACGAUGCCAGCCAAGCAAAUUAUAGCGUUACUAGCAGGAAUAGUGGGUUGGGGGGCUACCAUUGGAGCCACUGUGUCUAAUGAGUGGAAGAUCACAAGCAGGGCUUCAUCUGUCAUUACUGCCACCUGGGUGUUUCAGGGACUCUGGAUGAACUGUGCUGGAAAUGCCAUGGGAGCUGUGCACUGUAGACAGCACUACACCAUCUUCAAACUAGCGGGUUACAUCCAGGUGUGCAGAGGUCUGAUGAUCUCAGCUGUGUGUCUUGGUUUCUUUGCAACUGCCUGUGCUCUGGUGGGAAUGAAGUGCACCAAAAUCGGUGGAAGUGAUCAAGUCAAAGCACGGAUCGCAUGCUUUUCCGGACUUCAGUAUUUUAUCGGUGGGCUCUGCUCUUUGACUGCCUGUUCGCUGUAUGCCCACAGGAUCAUGGCUGAAUUUUUUGACCCCUUGUUUGUGGAGCAAAAGUUUGAGUUGGGGGCAGCUCUGUUCAUUGGUUGGGCAGGAUCAGCCCUGUGCAUUCUGGGAGGGAUUGUCUUCUUCUUGUCACUGUUUGAUGGGGUCAGCAAAAGCCCAAGUAACGCUGACAAGAGACGACGUGUCUACAGUGCAACCACUUAUGUGUCUAGUCCUGAGAAGGUGCAAAACUAUUCAAUUAAUUUCAGAAGACCCCCGACAGAAUACAGCAGCACUUCCAAAAAUUUUGAUAAAAAUGCCUAUGUUUAAUAAUAAUUUAAAAAACCAGCUGUAACACCCUUUCUGGUGGAGAAGAAAACAAGAAGUUAUGUAACAAGAAGUUGACUAUGAAACAGUAUUGUCAAGCCCCAGUUUAGGCAUUUGCUAUCUAAUAAAACACAUUCUCCCAUGUCACUUCAUCCUGACAAACAUUGCACUAAAGUAUGACAAUGACAUUUAUAACAUUAAUAACCGAGAAUAAAUCAUAAACAUUAAUAAAUUGCUGAUCUUAUUAAAUUACAACUUACUUUCUAACAUCAUCAACAACAAAAAUAAUUAUAAUCUUAAAAACUACCACUAAUACCUAAUAUAUCUAUAUUAUACCUAUAUUAUUUUUACUGUUGUCUCCUUUGUUAUAAUGUUACUGUAUUUUACACUUAAAACUGCAGUACACAAAAAGCUCAAUUGCAGUGAUUUAUUAUGCUGUUGAUAAGUAAACAAUUUCCAGUGAUUAAUAUAUUUAGUCAACUAUUUUUCAAACUUAAUUCGUACUUAGUAGUUGAUUAACCAUUAAUCAUGGCUUAAUACACUAUCAAAAUAUGACGAGUCUACUGUUUUCUUCCCGUAUUUCUUAAUUAAAGUAAUAUAACUUUCUUUUAGGAUAAUAAAUGUAGUGGAGACAAUUUGUCAUACAUCAUUGAAUGAACAUAAUUUCUUUUAUCCUUGCCUCUCCAGGAAAGUGUUCACAUGUUCUUUAUAUUUUAGAAUUUAAAGUGAGUUUUCUAAUAAUAACGUCAUAUGUCAUUAGAAUAAACAGAAAUCAAAGAGAAUAAAUAAAUAGAUAAAUAAAUAAAUAGUUCGGGAAGACAAACAGAGGCAAGGACGUAAUAUGAGCUUUUUGUAUUCAUACAUGUACAGUAGGUUUAACAACAGCUGAUGAUGCCCGUGUCAUGUCCCUCAAUGGAGUUUGCUGUAACUAAUCAUGCAAGUUAUGUUCUUAACACAAUAAAAAAACUUAAUGAAAUCAUUUGCAUAUAUGAACUACUAUAACAGU